CUUCCCAUUUUCCUCCUCCUCCUUCUCUUCAUCAUCUCACCCUCUUCUCCUCCCCCUCCCCUCUUCUCUCCUCUCCUUCGUUUCUCUUUCUCCCAUUCUCUCUUUUCUUUCGACCAUCAUCUUGGAUUCUUUUUCCUCGCUCUUUACCUCCACUCAGCUUCGUUGCCGCUUGCCGAUCUAGACCCUCGCCCAAUCACCUCAGAAUUCGCCCCUCCUCUCCCACCACCUCUGCCCAUCUCCCCCGGGUCUCGACAUUUCGUCUUCAAACCCUCCCCCUCCGCCAAAUUGAACUCUUCUGCCCCUCUGGCAAUUCUUACACCGACCAAAAUAAUCGCCCAUCGCCCACCGUUCACACCCAUCUAGCUGGAGUUACAGGAUGCUGUUCGUGGCUUCGGCUUUGAACUGCGGUCUCUGUCGAUACCUGUGCUCUUGACCUCGGAGCAAUGACUUCUGCCAAACGUGCCACCUCCGGACGUAAAAGGGACGCCAUUCAUUUUGUCAAUGCGCGUCCAACUUCUGAAAACGAGCGUCUCAAGAUUCAGCGCUUGGUCCGCGCCCACGUGGGCAAAUGGAUCUCGGAUCAGACCAAGGACCGUUCGACUCUCCCGGAUUGUUCGAACCGCAACGGCGGCUGCAUCCCGGAGCAUGGCGCCCACACCACCACCAGUAGUAGUCGCAGCGUGACCCGUCAGUCUACCUCCUCCAGCGAGGGAUCAGCAACCGGCUUAGAAUCGCAAUAUGCGACACCUCCGGCUACUUCUCCGCUCUGUUCCUCUGUCUCAUCCUCCCCGUCACCUCCGCCUUUUUCCAAACAAGUGCCCUAUGAUUCAUCGUCUGCGACCCAAUUUGCGUCCGCAAACCAUGUUAACCAGCAACUUUUCCGAUCAUCGUCCCAAAGUCCGGUGGAUAAUUUCGCGAAUGAGAUGGAGCGUUCCAGUCCGGACAGUCUCCCGUGGCCCUCUCCUCUUUCUGCUCAGGAGUCGCGUUCUGGGAUGUCGGAUGCGCGGAAAAAUUUUUUAGAGUCGGACGAGUUGUCUCGAGCUCUGACAACAACAUCGCCCAGACCAUGUCUCGCCCCAGGUUAUGUCGAUACGUUCGGAGCGGGUCGGUUCGAUCCAUUCUCCACGCAUCCUCUGAAUCUGUUGAAUAUGGGAAAGAACGAAGUGGUGGCUUCUGAAUAUUACUGUUUGGAAGUUCUCUGGCCCGGUCUCACCCCUGUGUCGCCCGGCCAUGAUACGAGUCCAGCUAGCAGCAAUUGGUUUCCACUAUCGUUGGCUGAUCCAACCUUGUUCACAGCCUUUGUCUUCGGUUCGCUAUCUCACAAAAGGGUCCAAUGGCUGAAAGGCACGAUUCCGGCUCACGCGUUCCUGCCCUCCGAGCAGCAAAUGCUGCAGUUGUGCGAAACAGAAACGAUCCGGAAUGUGACGCGGGAAGUCAGCGAUCCCACUCGAGCAAUGUCCGAUGCGAUCAUUCUUAGCGUCAUCUGUAUGGCACACAAUGUCGCCAACAAUGAACAUAUCAAGGGCCAAAAGCUGCCGUUCACCGCCCCCAUGCAACGCUUGCAGUGGUUGGACAUUUAUAGCAGCCUUCCGCCUAAUCUGGUGCACAUCAAGGGUCUAAUACAGAUGGUCAAUCUGCGUGGUGGUCUUGAAAAUCUGACUCUUCCCGGACUCGCGCCAACGUUAUCUUUCUCCGAUCUCGUCACGUGCAGCACGUUUCUCUUGCCACCUGUGUUUGAUUUCAUGCCUCUGCGCAGAGAGCGGAGGGGAAUGACCAUGCAAGUUAUGCUAGGUUACAGCAUGAUCGAUGUCGAGCGCCGGUUCGGUCCCCUGCGGGAGAUCGGCUUUACGUCUGAAAUGGUGGAGGUUUUCUACGGCAUGCAAACGUACAUCAAGCUUGUUGAAUCCCACCUGGCAACGCAGCAGCACAACCCAGACUAUUCGCUCCUUUCCGACCAACGCAAUCUUGUGCACUACCACCUACUGUCUCUCCCCGCCGUCAGCCAAUUCGAGAGAUUUGACAACUACCAGCCUCACGAGAUCAUGUAUGAGAUCUGCCGGCUGGCCGGUUUAAUAUUCGGCGUUGGUGUGGUGCUACCCCUUCAAGCUCAGAGCGCACCUUUCGCUCGACUCGCCAGGCUCAUCCAAGAAGCUUUACACAUCCACAAAGCCCCCUUUUCCUGGGAUCAUCCGCAGGCCCAUAUCGCUCUGUUCUGGGUGUUGAUUCUUGGCGGUAUAGCUGCGGAAGACCAGCCCGAACGGGCCUGGUACGUCGAGCUCCUCAGUCAAGUGGCGGGGAGCCAUGGCAUCCGCACCUGGGAUGAAGCACGGAAAGUCCUUCGUGUGAUGCUCUGGUACGACCGGGCCUGUGAGCGUGCGGGUCGCAAACUGUGGCUUGAAGUGAAGCAUUCGGGUCUAUCAUCGUCUUGAAUUCCCGGAACCCUGAUACGGCCAACACCUAGCACAUAAUCCCCUCAACGCCGGCCCGUCUAUUCCUGUUCUAGGUAUCACCCGCUUGUCCGUCUUCGGCUUCAUUAGCAAAGGCUUGGCCACAAGCCCCCCCG